GAGAGCGCUGAUUGGCUGCGCCGCGCCGGUGCCGGGAGGGGCCGCGCUGCGAUAUGGCGGCUCGCAGCGGCGACAAGUUCUCGGUGCUGCUGCCCACCUACAACGAGCGCGAGAAUCUGCCGCUCGUCGUCUGGCUGCUGGUGCGCACCUUCCGCGAGAGUGGGACCGACUUCGAAAUUAUCAUCAUAGACGAUGGCAGCCCGGAUGGGACGCAGGAGAUUGCCGCGCAGCUGGAGAAGAUCUACGGAACGGAUAAAAUCCUUCUAAGACCUAGACCAAGAAAAUUGGGCCUUGGCACUGCCUAUAUUCAUGGAAUGAAGCAUGCCAGUGGGAAUUUUAUUGUUAUUAUGGAUGCUGACCUGUCUCACCAUCCAAAAUUUAUUCCAGAGUUCAUCAGAAAGCAGAAAGAAGGCAAUUUUGAUGUUGUAUCUGGAACAAGGUAUAAAGGAAAUGGAGGAGUAUAUGGCUGGGAUUUGAAAAGAAAAUUAAUCAGUCGUGGUGCCAAUUUCAUAACUCAAGUUUUGCUGAGGCCAGGUGCAUCAGAUUUAACAGGGAGUUUCAGGUUAUACAGAAAAGAAGUCUUACAGAAAUUAAUGGAAAAAUGUGUUUCUAAAGGAUACGUCUUCCAGAUGGAAAUGAUUGUUCGGGCCAGACAGCUAGGAUAUACUAUCGGAGAGGUUCCUAUUUCAUUUGUCGACCGUGUCUAUGGAGAAUCUAAACUGGGAGGCAAUGAAAUAGUCUCCUUCUUAAAGGGACUCUUGACAUUGUUUGCUACAACAUAAGACUUACUCCUAAAUUAAUUAUUUUAGAAAAACAUUUUCUGCCAUCGGUAUGGUUUUUACAUAUAAUAGCAGAAGCUUGAUAAUUUGCCUGUGACCAGAAGACCUGCUAUAAACUAACCAUUAAACAAACCAACAGUAAUAAACUCAAUGUACUGUGUGUGAACCUAGUCAAAAUAAAGACAUACACCAUAUGGUACUUUUGUGAAAAUAAAUAAAUAACAAAGUCUUAAUAAAGAACACAAACAGAGCUAAAUGAUCUUUUGCAUUUAGAAACGAAUAAUUAUUCAGCAGAAGUUUAAAGAUGAUUUUGAACUAAAGCAAGGUCAUAAAUAGAAUUUCUUCUCUUAGUUCUCUGUUCUGCAGAUAGUAUUUUAAUAUAUAGCAGCGAGUUGGCUUUCUUUCCUCAAUGCAGACAUACGUGUUUCUUGGAGUAGAUCAAAGGUGUUUCUACAAAACUGACAGCAACUUCUGUUGCUCAAGAAGAAAGACAGAUAAAUACAAUGAUUUGGUCUUUGUAAAUUUAUUCCAAAGCUGGAAAGAUAGAAUAUUCUUUGGGUAAGAAAGAAUCAUUCUGGAAUAUUUUUAUAUUGUGUGCAUGUCCAGAAAUAAAUGAUUCCUUUGUGCUAUUUUUUUUAGAAAUUAAGUAUUUUUUAAAAUCUAAAACAAGAGGAUAACAUCUCCCUCAGUGUUAGGGUGAUAGAAGAUCUGUGUCACCUCACCGAGGACGUCAGAGAGAUUCUUCUUGUGUCGAAUAAUAUUUUGCAAUGUAAUUGCUGUACUUGUUCCAGAUCCUGAUGAAAGAAAUACAACAACGUGAUCUGUUUGUGUUUCACUGGUUGUGUUUCACUGUUUGAUCUAGUCGGAAAUCAGAAAUGAAGCGCUUGCAAUCAAAUAUGCAUUUUGGGAACAGCAGUAAAAAUCAGCAAAAAGAAAGAAUUAAUAAGCACAAAGAUGGAAUUAUUCUGCUAAUGGCUUUGUAUACGUGAAAAAUACAUCCUCGGGAUUUUUUUGGUGGUGGGAAAGGGGAGUUCUUUGAAUAUACUUAUCUCAGAAAACAGCGGGAGAGGAGAAUCAGCACGUCUCUACAAUUGUACCUAUUUGGAUUGUAUCUGCUUACAUGUUGUUAAUAGUCAACAAAUGUAGCAAGGCUGUAAAAUGAUAAAAUCCUAUUUCGGAUAACUAGGUGAAAAACAGAUGCCACUCAGUGAGUGAAUGUAAAACCACAAAACUUCAAAAUGAAAACUUCCUGCCCGGUGGGCUGUUUUAAUUAGAGAUGCUCCUUUGUUCUUUAGUGAAGUUAUACAUAUUCUGAUAUUCUUCUCUUUUUCUGAGUACUCAAGGCAAAUAUUUUGUAUUUCGUUUGCUUUAAAGCAAUAGAAGCGCAGCUGUAGGUUUGGAUCGCUGUGACGCAGUUAGGCAGGUUCAGCUCUACGUUCUGUGAUGUGCCUGAACUUCUCGAGCGAAUCGUGUUCAUCACUGUGGAAUUUAAUUCAGUGCGGGCUCAUCUGAUCUGCUAACAUACACAGUAAUCUCUGGGUGUAGAGGCCCACUGAAAUCUCAUGUGAUUAGAUUUCAUCUAUUUAUGCUUUGUUUGGAGCAUUCAUGGCAUAUUUUUAAUUACCUAAUAGUUUUUAAAAGUUUAUUCAAAUUUUCAUGCUACUAGAAUAUAUAUUGAGCCUCAGCAAGAUUGUAUUUUCUCAGACUUUUGUGUAACAAUGUCCAUUAUAUUAGUUCUUUGUGAUCUAACUGCUGUGAAUUGGAAUGUACAUGCCUGGUAAAUUUCCUUAAUUACAAAGUCAUUGUGUCUA